AUGGCAGAGGAUUCAUUAGUGAUGCGACGGUCGAAGCGGAGCAAUGCGGGAAAUAGGAUGGAAGCUGUUUUAGCUGAUUUUCGCGCCGAAAGCAAUGGUAUGGACGUUGAUGAAGAUGUUGAUUUCGUAGUCGAGAAAGACGAAGAAGAUGCCUUCGAGUCGGAUUUUGAGAGUACCGAUGAAGAGGCGCAGAGUCUCGCGGACGAUCUCGCGGAAAAUGUUGUUAGAGAGGAGGAGAGGGCUGUUCGGAAGGCGUCCCGCUCCAAGCUCGAUAGAGUAACUGCUGCUGCUCAUGCAAAACAGAAGGAUACAUUCCAUCCUCUCCUGGCUCAAGCGUCAACUUCGCGCACAGCGGUCUCAGCAGCGGAAAAGCUCAAGAGGCGUGUAUCCCUGGGCGUAGCGAUUGAUGCUGAGACGGGGGAAGUUGUUAAAAGCGCGAAGCGGAAGAGCGGGAGAAUUCAUACUAUGCUCAACACCUCUGCAACGGUCAGUCGCAUGAGAGAUGCUGAAGAGAAGAAGUCGUUUAUCCAGAAGAAAGUCAAAGCGAAAAUUCGUGCUCCCACUCAAGACGAGCUCAUUGCUCGAGCAUUAGAUAUGGAAGAAGGAAACAUCAUUGAGCACCGUGAUUAUCUCUCCAUCGAGGAGGAGAAGCGCAAACGUGCUCGGCUUGUCCGCACCGCUGUCCAGGGACCACUCCUCCGAGUUAUCAGCAAGGUGGAAGAGGUGAAGGUAAAAGUCGAACCUGUCCCGUAUUCUGCCGCUCCAUACCAUUACACGUAUUCUCCAACACCUUACUCUAGUACCGCCCAGUCUCCGUCAGCGCAGUCCUUACCAUCUCCAUCCUACUUCCACCCUUCUGCUACUGUCUACCAUCCACCCCAACCUGCAUCUACCCAGUCAUCAUCUAUUCCCGCAGCAGGCGUUUUACCUCUUCGGCCAUUUCAACAUGGUUAUGUCCCGCCGAACCCAACCGUGCAAGGAGUGGAGCCUGUCGAACGAACAGAGAAGGUUUCAAGGAACUAUGUCGUCCAUGAAUUGGUCCAAACGGAGGAUGAACCUAGACCAUCAUGGCUCAGCACGAUGAAGGCCAUGUUUGGUGAUCAUGUCAAUUGGGAUGAGCUGCGAGUCUAUACAGCAAAAGGCCGGCCAUUUGCCCGCCCCACGCAGAUAUGUCCUAUGUCAGGAAGAAUUGCACGAUACCUCGAUCCACGAAGCAAUGUGCCCUUUGCUGACGUUGCUGCGUAUAGCACGCUCAGUAAAAUCCUUGCUCAUGAGUACGUGUGGUGUGAUCACCUUGGCUGCUACAUCCUGCAUGAGGAUGAGCAGUCUAAAUUAAAUGUGCUACUCAUUAUACGAAUGCAUGUCCGGUGUCACAGAUAUCGAAGCGAUCACAGAAUAGCGAAGACGGUGAAACGAGAAUAG